AUGGCACCGUACGAGGCCUUGUAUGACAGAAGGUGUCGAACACCUUUGUGUUGGCAGCAGGAUGGGGAAGCUGUGAAACCCUACGCAUAUAAGAGGAGGAGACCACUCGAGUUUGAGGCUGGUGACCACAUAUUUCUCAGAGUUACACCUACAGCAGGUAUUGGGAGGGCAUUGAAGUCGAGGAAGUUGACCCCUCGAUUCAUCGGUUCGUACCAGAUUAUGAGACGAAUUGGACCGGUGGCGUAUGAGAUUGCAUUGCCACCUCACUUGGGAAACCUGCACAAUGUUUUCCACGUACCACAGUUGAGGAAGUACGUGGCGGAUCCUACUCAUGUGUUGGAGCAGGAUGAUGUUCAGGUGCGUGAGAACCUGACUCUUGGAGUUGGACCAGUGAGGAUUCUAGAUUCUCAAGUCAAACAGCUUAGAGGGAAGGAGAUUCGAACUGUGAAGGUUCUCUGGGACGAGGCAACCCAAGAGAUGACGUGGGAGAUGGAGGACCUCAUGAGGAAGUCUUAUCCUCAUCUCUUUACUGGGUUAAAGAAAAGCCUAGUAGAAUGGGCAGCCAAGGGGGCUGGGAAUUUAUCAAAUAAGUAA